AUGCAGGGUUUCAUCAAUCUCGCCAGUUUCGGAGUAGAGGCGACUGACGCCCUGCCUGCAGGCACCACGAGCCCACCGAGCCAAGCGGACAUAGCCGCUCGUUUGAUCGUGCGUUUUCGAGAAUUGGUUGCUCUUGAUAUCGAAGGUUCUCCUUCUCUAGAGGGUGUCUUCGGGGCAAUAGUCGAGUGCAUCGUGACAGGAAGACAUAUCCGCCAAAUCCAGGGCGAAAUUGUGGACCUGUUAAAUCAGAUAACUCUGUCUUUCAUAGACGGAGCCUCAGACCAAGUUACAACAAGCGGAUCCGAAGCAGAGGAGGGCGAAGACGGGGACGAAGGGAACGGGCCGGAAUUUCCGUCAGAAGCAGCGACUAACACGGAGUUGUUCUAUCUCGAGGCUGAACGGAGAUUGACCGACGAAGAUCAAAAAUGCAUGUGGUGUCUAUACGACGUGCCAGCGGGCGAAGUCGCAACCUUUCUUCCUUGCAGCCAUUGGUUCCACCCACCCUGCAUUCGAGCUUGGCUCAGGUUCAACGGUCAUUGCCCAUGGUGCCGACAGACAAUCAACGAGCGAAUCUAUAAGGCCAGAUACGCCCGCGUGGAGCUGGACGGACGUGUAAUUGAAGCAAGCCGAAGAGCCGAAGAAAGACGAGAUGCAGCGGUCGCAGCUAUGCAAGAGGCCAUGUCCUCGGCAGAGACUGACGAAGAGAGACUGAGGAUUCAAGUAGAAUAUCAAGCCAGGGUUAGACGACAGAUCGAAGAAUACCGGGAUGAGCUCCUUUACGAAGACAUAAUUAUACCCCCCUGGCCAUUGAUUAGCGCUGCCAUUACUCGUGGGAUUCCGCAGCCGCCAAGAGAAAUCACCUCUGCUCACGGACGGCCUCGUUCUCAGGAGGAGGAAGAAAAGCAGAGGCGGGGCCACAGUGCCCCUGGCCGGACAAGCGGGCGCCCGGAAUGGGGAUCAGGGACCAAGCGAGAACGAGAGGAAGCUGACGAGCAGGGGAGGCCACCUAAAGCCGCAAAAGGUUUGCAUGAAGGGACAGCUGAACAUGAUGAAGAAAUAGGCGAGCAUGGUGGUGCAACAGGCGAACAUGAUGGAGAAAUGAGCGAGCAUGAUAGUGCAACAGGCGAACAUGGCUGUGAAGGAGCAACAGGCGGCCGCAACAGUAAUAACGGCUCAUGUAGUAGCAGAGAGACGCCCACUAGGACGAAUCGGAACACUCCGAAUGAAAGAGCGCACUUAGGUUCUAGGGUUUCGAAUUCUAUCAGGCGGGUGAGAGACUCGGCUAUGGCUCGCACGCAGUCCAUCCGGCGGAUGGUUCGUUCUAUUCGAGAUAGGCCGCGCAGGACUCGGACUCGAAGAAACCCAGACCAAUAG